AUGCACCCCUUCCGGCUACCAGUCCCCGAGCUGUGGGAGGAUAUUCUCCAAAAGAUUAAAGCCUCGGGCAUGCGGAUGGUCUCGAUCUACACGCACUGGGGAUUUCAUGCCCCAACCCCAGAUUCAGUAGACUUUAGCACCGGUCCCCGCAACAUAACUCGGUUCCUCGAGAUGGCGAAAGACAACGGCUUGUAUGUGACGGUCCGGCCGGGGCCUCAUAUAAAUGGAGAGCUGAAUGGUGGGGGCAUGGCUUUGUGGGCAACGACGGACGAGUAUGGUGCACUGCGGCUCAACGGCACAGCCUACACGGAGGCUUGGACGCCUUAUCAGGACGGCAUCUCCCAACUCACACGGCCGUAUCAAUUGACCGAAGACGGGACCGUUCUCAUGUACCAGAUCGAGAACGAGUACGCGAAACAGUGGAGAGACGAGAAGGCCCGGAUUCCCAACCUAGAAGCCGUCUCCUACAUGGAAAAACUCGAGGAAAACGCGAGGACGAACGGGAUUGUUGUGCCACUCAUUCACAACGUACCGAACCGGAGUGGCCCCUCGUGGUCAAAGGAUUACGAUACCGUCGAUGCUGGCGGGAACGUGGAUAUCUACGGCUUGGACAGUUAUCCACAAUGCUGGUCCUGUAUCCUCGAUCAAUGCGGCCCCAUAACUCCCUGGGCCGUGUCCAACUACUCAGACCAGUUCCAAUACGCUUCGCCCAAGCAGCCAUCCCUCAUGCCUGAGUUUCAAGGCGGGGCCACGACGCCAUGGGACGGUCCGCUUGGUGGGUGCCCGGAGAGAACGGGCGUGGGCUUUGUCAAUUUCUACUACCGGGACAACAUCGCGCAGCGCGUUACCAUGCUGACCCUGUACAUGAUAUACGGCGGCACCAACUGGGGCUGGCUCGCGGCGCCCUUUCUCGGCAGCAGCUACGACUAUGGUGCUGCUAUAUCUGAGGACCGGAGCAUCGGCGACAAGUACUAUGAGAUCAAGAACUUGGGCCUGUUCACGAGGGUUGCCGACGAACUUGCGCACACGGAGCGUGUGGGAACGGGGCUAGAUUACACCAACAACACGGACCUCUUUACGACCGAGUUGCGGAAUCCCGACACAGGAGCGGGCUUCUACGUCAUCCGGCAUGCUGAUACGGCUUCAGCGUCAGAGGAGUGGUUUGUCCUUAAGGUUAACACUAGUAUUGGAGAGUUCUUUGUGCCCAAAAUUUCCAGCGCCGUGGUUCUCAGCGGACACGAAGGUAAGAUCCUGGUGGCUGAUUUCCACUUCGGAGACCACACGCUCUACUACUCAACCGCCGAGAUCCUGACGUACUCCAUUAUUGAUGGGAGACCGGUAUUGGUGCUGUGGACGCCCAGGGGUAGGUCGGGGGAGUUUUACCUGAAGGGUGCGAAGGAGGGAACCAUUUCAUCAGGGCCGCCCGUCACUAUUGUCGCGAUCGAACACGGGAUCAUCAUUGGAUAUUACGACCAAAAAGAAGUUAUGACGGUUCUAGACUUUGACAACGGCGUCAGAGUGGUACUCGUUGACCGGAAGACGGCUUACGAGGUCUGGGCUCCGGCGCUGACGAACGAUCCUAAGGUUCCCGUGGAUCAAACCGCCCUGGUCAUCGGCCCCCACCUCGUCCGCUCCGCCCUCCUCACCGACAACACCACCAUCUCCCUCACGGGCGACACCAACCGCACCACCCCCCUCGAAGUCUUCACCUUCUCCAGCAUGACCCGCAUCCUCUGGAACGGCAUGGACCUCCCCACCACCCAAACCAACCACUCCACCCUCCGCGCCACCAUCCCCGCCCCCCCAUCCACGGACUCCUUCCAACCCCCACAAAUCACCUCCUGGAAAUCCCACGACGCCCUCCCCGAGCGCCACCCCUCCUACCCCGACACCGGCCCCGCCUGGUCCCCCCUCAACACCACCACCUUUCCCCUCUCCGCCAACCCCCACGGCUUCCACACCGGCACCCUCCUCUGGCGCGGCCACUUCACCACCACCCCAAACAAUACCAACACCACCACACCAACACCAAUAGCCAUCCACCUCGCCAUCCAAGGCGGCGCCGCCCACGGCUGGUCCGCCUACCUCAACGGCGUGUACCUCGGCUCCUGGCCCGGGCGCAAAGACACGGCGGUCAGCAACCUGACGCUAGCCUUUCCGGAGGAGGUGUUGGUGGAAAAUAUGCGGGAGAAUGUGGUGCUGGUGGUAAGUAACGGGGACGUGGAGAGGUGCGGCAAGCGGGUGGGACUUACCGUCUUCCGUGAAGAACUCUGGGCUUCGCAACCCUCGCUGAACUAG